AUGGAUUGUUACACAUUUGAAAGAGCAUUCAUUAAUACACCACACAUUGAACCAAUAUUAGAUCUAAAGAUUGAGAAUGAACAAGUAUUGUAUACCACAGGAAUAGAUGGUCAGACUCAUGUAUUCGAUUUAUACAAAGAAGCAUUCAUUAGGUCGUAUCACACAGAAGGACGAAAUACCAAAAUAUCUAUAGACCAGAAUUCAAGUACAAUAGGAAUAAGUAACAGCAAAUCAAUAUUGUUCUAUGAUAGAUGUUCACCAACACAUAAAUCAGUCAGCAAAAUGAUGAUCAAAAACAACGAUGAUUGUAAAAUGGAUUUUAGGCCAAAUUAUACAACUAAAACAGAAUUCAUUGUCACAAAUGGAACUGAUGAAUUGAAUAUGUUUGAUCAUAGGAAUUAUAACACUCCAAUAUACAAAUAUUCUACAAGAAAUAUUCUGGCUGGAAUAUCAAAUGUAGAGUGGAAUAAAGCAGGAACACAUUUUCUGGUAUCAGAAUGUUUCGAUACUGCUUCAUUGUAUUCUGCAAAAAGAAACAAAGCACAGAUGAAAUUCGUAAAGAACAAACCAAAUAAUCACAAAACAGGUAAAACAUUUAGAUUUGGUGGACCUGAUGAUGAAUACGUUUUAGGAGGAUUUGAUGAUAAGAAAUUGUGUUAUUGGAAAAUACUACCUGAUCCAAGUUGGAAGAAUCUGUUCAAUAUAAAGAACAAGUCGAUUGAAUUAUUUGAUCAUGAAAUGAGUAGUUCAGAAGAAAUGAAUAUAGAGAAAGAUGCAUUCACGUAUGGAAUAUGUAGAACAAUAUGUUCAAAAACUAAAGAUAACAUCGUUAUGAACAAUAUGAGAAUGGAAUUGAUGGGAUUCAAUAGCAUUGUAAAUCAAGCUGUAAUGCAUCCUAAAAUACCAAGAAUAUUUGCAACAGGAAUUGAAAAUAUUCUGUAUGCAUUCUCACCAGACUAUUUAGGUCAAGAUGAUCCACAUUUACUUUUGAAUUCAGAUACAAUUGAAGUAUUUGAUCAACUAGAAAUAGACAUGUAUGAUUUCCUGAUAUAA